GGCCUUCUGGGAGAGAAGCCAUGGGAGCCUUCCGCGUCCGGGAUUCUCUCUGCCUCCUCCUCCUGGGAGCCUCCUUGACGUUGGCCCACAAUCUGAACUGCCAGAAGAGCUUGACCGUGAGACUGGGAGGGGAUCUGAGCAACACGUUCAACUGGACCACCGAGGAGGUUGAGACUUGUGACAAUGGGGCAAUUUGCCAGGAAAGCAUAUUAAUUAUCACAGCAGGGACCAGGACAGUCGCUUUGGGCAGCAAAGGCUGCAUCUUUGGAGAGUCAGAGUCAGUGACGUUCAUCCAGCACUCGGCACCCCCUGGCCUGGUCGCACUCUCCUACAGUAACUACUGUGAUAACUUGCUGUGCAACAACAGAGAGGCCAUCACCCACUUCGGGAAUCUGCAGCUAUUCUCAGGUUCCUCUGUGCCAUCAGCUUUCCGUUGCCCAACCUGUCUAGCCCUGGGGUCGUGUUCCAGUGCUCCUUAUCUUCCCUGUGUCAAUGGUACAAGCCGAUGCUAUCAAGGAAAACUCAGUAUCACUGGAGGAGACAUGAAUGAGUCUGUGGAGGUCAAAGGCUGUACAGACAUGAAAGACUGCAGGCUGAUGGGAAGAAUCACCACAGUAGGACCCAUGCUGAUAAAGGAAACGUGUUCCCUUCAGUCGUUCCCUAAGCCCCGGGUUGCUGAAAACGGGAGCCGCCUGGCCGCCCAUUUCAGCUUUGGGGUCAGGGCUACUGCUGCCAUCGCCGCUGCAAUCACUUGUCCCUUUUUCCUGAGGAGGUACUUCUGGUCCUGGGUCUCACGGCGCUUCUGCUGAGCGAGAGCCUCCCAGCACCUUGUAGCAACAAGCUGAGGAGCGCGGAGACUGAGGGGCAAGAGAGAGAGUUGCUGUAGAUGUGUUAGACGUGUUUGACGUUUUAA